UCAACGCAGUCAACAAGUCGACCCAUCCUGCCGUGAGCACCCCGAGCCGACCCGAGCCGACCAUGCCCUCUCUGAACUAUCUUGGCUUAUUUCUGCUUGCACUGCUCCCCGUGGCUUCGUUCGCGCCAUACAGCGGAGACGCGGAUCUUUACGAGACAGCGCGAGGCGAGGCGCAGAAUGAGGCGCACGCGGGGGAAAUCAAGUGGCACAAGAUCGCCAGAAAGAUGCACAACGACAUCUGGCGCGUCCGCGACGAGCAGUUUGUAAGGGACUUCGGAACCAGCAACAUGACCGAAUUCGCCAGUUUGAGGAUGCCGCUGUUCGAGAUGCCUCUGCUCACCUCCGAGGACGGGUGUGUGCCCUACAACUUAAGCCCGAUUAAUUGUCUUCAAGCUAUCUACAAUGGUUUGAGGAAAUACCAGCUUUCCCUGCCCUAUGUAGAGAGACAAAACUUGACUGCAGAUCACAUGGUGGCUAUUAAAGAGGGGACAGCCGGACUGUUACAUUUUAUCAAAGAUACAGUAAAAGUAGAUGAUGACACAGUCCACCUUCCCUUCUUGACCGAGUUAUCAGACGAUUCAGCGUGGACCCGAAAGAUAAAGACGCACUCCAUUCUGUACAACUUCAAAGACUUCAUGGCUGAUACAAGCAGAGCCAUUACCUACUUAUCUAACCAGAUGAAGUCUCGCAUGAAAAUGAAACACAUUGCAAGGGAAGAAGGGUGGCUCUUAAAACACAAGCAAUGAAGUGUCUAAUGUACCGUUGAUUUUAUUUAUAUGGUCACAUAUUUAUUAUUUAUCUAUUUAUUGCAAUAAUUUAAAAAAAUAAUUAUAUUUAAACUUAGAAUGACUAAAAGUGAAGUGGAUUAAUUCUCAGUAAUACUUAGUAGAAUACAAGAUUGUGGUUGGAGUGUUCAUAUGUGUUAUGUUAACACGUGACUCUUGUAAAAAGAAAUAAAGCUUCAAAAUAAA